AUGGAUGUGGGUACCGUACAUCUCAUGACUUCUGUACAGUAUGCACAAGUGGCACGACGGCCAUCGGUGGAUCAGCAUCAACAUUAUCAAUGGCUGCAGUCUGUGGCCUUUACAGAUGAGUUGUUGUUAUUACGGCAUGGAGAGCGAUUGGAUCAUGUGGACCGGGCGUGGCGAAACACAACGCGGCUGCCAGAAAACGAUCCACCACUCUCCACUGCAGGGAGACGACAGGCACUUGAAACGGGUCUGAUGUUUCUGCGGCAACAACAACGGGCAAAGGUACGACAGCGAGCACAGGGAAUGCUUUCCUUUAUGCUUGUUUCACCCUUUCACAGAUGUAUAGAGACGGCGCUUAUUGUGAAUCUCGUGGGUUUUCAUGGGAAACUCGCUAUAUUUGUAGAUCCACUGCUUUCCGAUUGGCAUUCCCCGAAAGUAUUUCCACGACCACCACGAUUGGGUGGUCAAUAUAUAUGUACUGCAAACACUAUUGGAUUUCGUCCAAAGUGGGAGACGCUGGGAACGUUGUUAGUGCCAUUCUUUCGUUCUAUUUUGUUAGAUGAACACUAUGCAUUAGAGGAAACGAUGGUGGAAGAGUGGAUCACAACAGUGGAGAAACACUGGCUGCGGCAGGAACCAUCUUUUCUCGUUUGGACUUCCGCCUCCGCACGGGAGUUGCUGAAGCGCAGCAUGAAUGUAGAGGCUGAACGAACCGAACACACAUCCAACUCCAACAGAAACAGUAAUAGUAACAGUGGUGGAGGUAAUAACCUCACUAUUACUACUACUACUACUAAUAAUAAUAAUAACAACAACAAUAGUAGUAGUGGUGGUGGUGGGUUUAGUGGUGUUAGUUAUCCAGAGAAUGCCAGUAGUUUAAUGCGUCGAGUCUCUGAGGCAAUUCGUGUACACUUUGACGGUGGCGCUGCAGAGAGGGCAACUGUGCCUGCGUGUGUGUGGGAGGCGGUACAACAAGAGGCCCAACGUCUUCCACGUGUAUUUGUGCCUCGCAGUACCGCAACACAACAACAACAGCAAGAAGAAAAAGAGAAAGAAAAAGGGAAACAACAACAAUUAGAUACGGCAUUAUUGCCACCCACUCGAGUUAUGAUGGUGACACACGCAGAUGUAGUCUCUGCAGUGUUAAAGCACUGCUGUCCAAAGUAUCACGGUGUAGACAGCGGAUUUUCCGUACCGUACUGUAGUCUCACGGGUAUUUCACGACGCAAUAACUUUUACUGCAUUAAAAGCGAUAAAUUAUCAUCUGAAGAAAAGAGUGGCAAUCGUAAAAUUGCUGUUGUCUCUGCAGGGGAGCCUCCCUUGUUGUGGUCUGUAAUAGCAGAGACAUCCACCACGCAUUUGCAAACCACUAUCUUACUACAGUACAGUUAA